AUGUUGGCCUAUGCUGCCUCCAGGGAUGCUGGAAUGAAGAUUGGAUUUGUGCCAGGCUACACGCGUCUGGCGCAGAUGGCGCGUCUGCAACUCCAGAAAUGCGCAGUUAUUCUCCGUCCGGCCUCUGUAUUUUCACAUUUAUGGUCGUCUAGAGAGGCAGAUCGGGCUCUAUGCAAAAAUAGAGAUCGGCGUCAGUUUCCCAAUGGAAGAAGUGUUUCGUUGCUGCUCUUUGUGAUGAUGUGUCCGCUUAUCCUGGUACUCACUGGUGUUUCACAUCCAUAUCAAAAUCGGCAAGCCGGGCAAGUGUCCAUCUGCGCCCAUUCGCUCGCCAGUGUCUCUAAGCAGCUCAUUCCAGAUUAUGCAUCGCAAUUUGGCGUAUAUUGCCUCUCAGAUGUUCUUGAUGAAGGGUACCACAAGCAAGACCACAUUGGGACUUUACUACGUACGAAUUAUGAGAUGGGCGCUUACUACUAA